AUGUGGGGUGAGGUUUUAUCCGAAACUCGGAUUCGACAGCUCUUUCUGACCUGCAGUUUAACAGACGGGACAACCGUCGCGUGGAACGAUCUUUUGGCAGCUGCUCCGAGUGCACUGCUCUCCUCUCCUCAAUGGGAAUGUCCAGUCAGGCGAAGUAAGUAUCUUGUGCUCAAAUGAAUUAUUUACUUCAUCGGAAAAUGUAAUUUCUGGUGCGUGGGUAGCCGGUGUAGCUGGUGGGUCGCGAUCACGCCGCCAGAAAACUUCAGCACUCCUCCGCUAAUCCCGUCAGCUACUCACGCUAGGCUAGUGUGUGGACAAUAUGCAAUGUAUUCCCACGCUCUGCCGUUGGCGUAAAUAUCUCGUUAGACUCUCUCGACCAAUCAGCUGCAAAGCCAAAAAUGGUGGUCAUGAGUUGGUCGCACGCCUUUUCCCGCUCUUGCCGCUGCAGGUAUUUGUUUGGGGUUCUGAUUGGCUCGUUUGACUUUGUCGACCAAUCAGAUGCAAAGCGGAAGGUGGUCGCACCAAGCAUUUUCGUGGGUAAAAUGGAGCAUUAAACAAAGACCUGACGGGCUAACGGACAUCUCUCUUAGUUGGACACGUAAUACCUGGGGGGUACUUUCAAGAAGAAGGCUAAUAGGGAUGUGCCGCUGGAUGGGCUCGCAUUUUCACGACUGGAUUGACUCUAAUAGAGCUGUAUUUUCGUUAAAUGUCUAGAAUGGGAUCGCACAUUUUUGGGAUUUGGGGGAUCAGAAAAUUCAUGUAGGUAGCGAUUUAAAAAUGGGAAUAUUUUUACUUAAUUGAAGUUAACCAAAGUGGCAAUCCAUUUCAGGAUGACCUAGUUUAAAGGCUUUUUAAGGUAGAUGCAUAAAAAGAAAGUUACUAACUUGGGAUCGCGAAAAUUACAUUUUCGCAAAAGUGACUAAUAAGGUCUAUAUGUGGCCACAGGAUAGACUAUAAUGGCGUAGGGUUUCUAAGAGGCCAGCGACACAUACCCAGCAAAAAUCACCCCAAAUACCCCUCGCCCCCCAAGACUUAGUACCGGACCCAAAGGUUUCCAUCCUAGAGAGAGGUGAUUGUAUAAGGGACGUGGAUCUUCACUGGCAGUUCAGAGGUGAAUGGGUUAGUUACAUGUGUGAAUCUACUUUUGUGUUAACAGAGGCGAGCUGCCUUGACUCUCUGUCGACGACAAAGGAGGAUUUUUUCUACAUCGACGAGGAAGGAAUGGAAGACCUUCCUGUUUUCUGUAGCCUCGUCAAUGGCGGCGGAUGGAUGGUCGUUCAGCGUCAUGCCGAUUUCGCCCUUCAGUUUAACCGACCAUGGUCAGCCUAUGAGAACGGAUUCGGCAGUUGUAUUGACAAUAUGAACAAUAAAGAUAUCUGGCUCAGUGACGGAUGCACGAGUGAUUUAUGGUUAGGAAACAAGUACCUGCGCAGUGGUUGCGAGUUGGAAAAGGGACCUUAUCAGCUACUUAUUCAGCUUAAAAGAGGAAUUCACCGAGCUCACGCCGUGUACAAGAGAUUCUGGGUCAAACCACGAGAUGAAAAGUACAAACUGUACGUGCAGGGGUACACAGGAACUGCAGGGGACUCCCUUAAAGUCCAUCACGAGAUGUCUUUUACAGCCAGGGACAAGGACAAUGAUGAAGAUCCCAGUCAAAACUGUGCUUCUUCGGGGAGGGGAGGGUGGUGGUAUAAUGCUUGUGGGGAUUCGCAGCUUAAUGGUAAUAGUGUUUCCAAGAUGACGUGGAUCACGUUGUCAGGGACUGGAACGCCUUUGACUGCCGCAAGUAUGAUGAUCAAGCCCAACAAAGGUAAGGUUGUACCAUAUAUACUUGCUUAUAGAGGUAAGACUUCUAGGUCAGCAGAAUGACAGAAAUGACUGUCACACACCGCCUCAACACUCAUGGCUUCUUGCUCAUGAACGCUCAUUUCCUACCCCAUAUGGGGCAAAAUUUGCAGAGGCUCCAAGGUAAUCGGAGAGUCCCUAAUACUUUUUUCAGGAUCCGGGAUUUCCUUAUUUGAAGUUAGGGAAUCGGGAUUUUAAAGCAAAAUGUGGACGAGAUUCGGAAUUGAAAGUAUGCACGGGAUUUGGGAUGCCAAAAAUAACCAACGACAUUACGGGAAUGAGCGAAAAUUUGGGCCGAGAUUACGGGAUUGAAGAACCUUAUUGAGGACUCUCUAAACGGCGUUGGAAAAGUUAAAGUAAAUAUUAACAGUGCCCCAAUUCAGCAAAAGGAAACGAAACGACUUUUAAGGUGAUCAACUGAAAAAUUAAGGAAGAUACAGUACUUUUAAAUUCUCUUGAAAAAAAUAUUUAUAUAUGAAACUAAAAAAAACACACACUUACCCAUUAUUUUUCUCUUUUCAUAGAGCGAUUGUGGGAUUAUGAAUUGUACUUUAAGAGGAGUUCCAUUUCAUUUUAUGUUGGUCCAAUGGACGUUUCAGACUUUCUCGAAACAACAGUAUGUUGGUGGAUGAUGUUGCCAAGCACGGGUUCCAAUACAAUGGCUGUGUUUUCACUGACUAAUGACCAAGACAUCAAUGCCUUCAGCUUUCAUGACCUGGAAAACCAUAUGGACAUUUUUGUGAAUGGAGAGCAAAGAUCGGUGGCUAAAACAGCUGACGUCAGAAGUGACUCACUUUGGCACCAUGUCUGCGUCACGUGGCGAAGCAGUGAUGGUCGAUGGGGUAUUCACGUGGACGGCAACAGAGUUGAAAAAGGCUUUAACCUUUCAAAUGGAGUUCACGUAGCGCCGGGAAAGCUGGUGAUUGGGCAGCAAUGGUCAACGGCUUACAGUUACGACAGUUCCUUCUCCUUUGAGGGCAAUCUGAGCCAUUUUAAUAUGUGGAACAUGGAUAUAGCAGAGGACAAAAUCAACAGGAUGUCACUGAGUUGUGGAGCAGAAGUCGGGAAUCUUCUUCCUUGGCCGGAAAUGAAAGCAUGGAGAAGCUCUUCUGUUUCUGUUAAAAAACCUUCCUCGUGUAAAGUUAAAGGUAAGGUAUCGUAAGUAGAGGAGACUGGAUAUAAAAGACAGCGAACAAUAAAGAUAAGAACCUAGGUGCUUCAGUUUAUUUUUCGAACUUCUUGACAGUGCACUAUCUUUUGUUUUUAAUCCGUCACAAAUUGCGAUCCCCAGGCUCCUGUUGUAAUUCCCGCCCCGUCCAUCAGCUCUAAUUGCUCUUCUCGCUAGAGAACCUAACUACCCAGUGGAAAAUAAGCCAACCUGGUGACGUUUACUCCGAGAACCCGGUGAAAAUAUAAAUUUCACUGGGUCCUUUACAGAGGAUUGAUCAUUUUCUUUGACACCCUUUAAGAGGAGCACCAAUCAAAGACAGAUCAUUACUCCCGCAUGGGCGGAUCUAGAAAUUUUUGACAGAAGGGUCCAAACUUGUGCAUACCAUUGAAAAACGUCUGAAUUCGUUUAUCGUUUUUCUAGAGAUAGAACGCUUACUUCCGGUCUUCAAAUGUCCCCGAUUAGUAGUAUUCAUGCUGCCAACCUGAAGACAUGACACGUCAAUAAGGUUCUUCAUUAUUUCUCCAUCAUGGGGAAGUGUCAGGUACGGAGCCCCUGACUCACCCUGUAUCCGCCACUUCCCCGUCCGUUCCCAAUGGUUUCUCUCUCUUAACGGACACUUUGCUAAAACGGUCCCUGCCUUUCUUUACUCCCGUUAUUUGACUCUCUAUAAGACGGACAUCACUCUUAGACCGACAUUUAGUGCCGACCCCAAAGGUCUCCGUCUUAGAGAGGGUUGACUGUUAUUGGUAAUUUGAUUCUCGCAUAUUGUUUCCAUUUCCUUUACAGAAAAGCACCGUUUGGAUUUCUCUGGCUUCACGUCUAACGGUGGUUUUCCUGACUUGCUGUCAACGCAGGAAGUAGUUAUUUCUUCUGGUGAUGGUGUUGAUACCCACAUGAAGGUUCUCAGCAUACAAGGAAACGCAACAUUGCGGUUUGAUACGACGGGAGAUGACUGUCUUAAUGAACCAAGUCUCUGUCCAGGUGGAUUCGCCGUUAGCUUUUGGCUAAAAAACGAACGUACGUACCUUUAUUCUGCUUUUUUCCCCUUUUUUUGAAUUUUUUACCUUCGCCAGUCUUGCCAUAGACAGCAUAGCCAAAAGCUCAGUCAGUGACCCUGUCUUGUAAAACCAAGGAAUAAAUAAAAGUCUGAUACAGAGCACUUCACUGAUUCAUACUGAUUCUUCGAUUUCGGACGUAUUCGUGCAUUUUUGGCUUUCCCUGGACAAGUCCAUUGGUGAAUUCUCAAUGGUAGCAAAGCAAAUGCUCUAAUAUGAGUUAGGGUCUGUAAUCACGAUUUUGACUUGCAAUUACGUCGACUCCACAAGUUUUGUUCAGAUAUUUCAAAGGAUGGGAAUAUCACUUUCUGUUUCACGCGCGUAUCUUGUGAUCUGCAUAUUAGCUAAGAAAUGGUAUCUAAUGCGGAUGUGCAUAAACCCACUGUGUUCUUUUAAUGCAGCAAAGUUCAUUUCCCACAUUCUGGGCGGGAAUUCCACUCUUCACCAGGACCUCAACAGUUUACUAUCUGCUGUUACCUCUCCCGCGUCCCGAUGGACUCGUUGUUACCGCGCUAUUGACGAUGAUUGGUCAGCCGCUGCAUUUCACUCGAACUGUGACAAACGCGGUGCUAGCGUGACGCUCGUUAAAGUGGAUGGAUAUAUAUUCGGCGGUUAUUUAGACCAGUCAUGGGGUAGUAAGUAUGGAAUGUUUUUGGCGUUACGAUUAUUUUGAUUGGUAGAUAACUUACCGAUAUAAAUCGCCAUCGUCAAAGGUUUAUGUGGCCCUUGUCGUUUAUCCCAGGUAAAUCUACGAAUGUUCUUAGAAGGACGUCGACCCUACAGAGUCCUUCCUUUUGACGAGUUCUCCGCAAGAUAUCCCAAAAAAGACGAAAAUUUCAAGUCACCUUGUUUUCUUUAAAUCUUCUCUAUUUAAUUAUUUACUCGUGUGUUCCUUUUUCAGGCGGGGGAUUCAUUGCAAGUUCUUCGGCCUUUCUGUUUAGUUUACAGAACCCUGAGCGCGCGCAAACCAUCAAGCUUCAAAUAAACAAUACGCUUCGUGCUGCUCAAAGCCUUCCGCUCCAAGGCCCAGUAUUUGGCACUAGUGAUCUGUUUAUAUGUGACAGAGCAAACGAAGGCCUCCGUUCAUUCAGUCAACCAGGGCGUGAAUACCAGUUACCUUGGGGUAUUGAGCCCUCAACUGCGGAGGCGAUAAAUCUCUUGGCGGGGAGUGCUUAUUUCGUCCCUGACGAUAUGGAAGUUUUUGUUUAUGAAAGUGAGUGUCAGCCUGUGAACACUCCAUUUUAGCCUGCGUAGCAGGCGCUUGGAAGUAGUGGGCACAAGAAAAAACAGGCCCGCGAGAAGGAGACAUGCGUGUCUCCCUCGUGCGCGCCCAUUCUCUAUUUCGCCCACUACUUCCAAGCGCCUGCUACUCAGCCUAACUCCAUUUUUGUUGACUAUAGGAGGAUGUUCCACCCGAAAGGAAUAUUUUUUUUAGACUAGAGACGUUUCACCACUUGAGAGUUUUGGAGAUUUCCCGACUUAAGAAGUGAAUAGAAUUAGAUAACUGCCAUCUACGUACGGAGGAGCUCAUUGUAGGGGGUUUGGUGUUAAGAAUUUGGAGACUCGGAAGUUGAGACUCUGAGACUAUUUUCGAGCUGUUAAAGUAUUUUGAGAUUUGAGAUAGGAAGUGAUGGGAAAUAUGAUGUGGUGAUAACGGCCAUAAUAGCCUUUAGAUAAUGAAUAGUAUGAUGCGUAUCCUUUUUGUUCUUGUUGUCAUUAUCAUAGACGUACUCCUCGGAGGAAAGACCAACGUCCUUUCAUUAACUGCAGAAGUCGCCCCUUCCACUGGACUCACAGUAUAUAAAGUGCCAAACAUAUCUUCGUACGAACUACAUGUAAGAAGCAUGGAAGGUCUAGAAUGGUCUUUAAAGACUUACAGUUCCAGCGAGCCACAUGAAUGGGAGCACGUGACAGUCACGUGGCACGAUAUGUGGGGUUUAAGGGUAUUUAUAAAUGGCGAACCAUCAUCGUAUACUAACCUACCCGACUUUAUUGGGACCGAGGACUUGGUCCCUGCUACUCACGUUAAGAUCGGUGGAGUAUUGGGUGAAAAUGGGAGUGUCAGCUCAUUGGGUACGAAUCUCCAGAUGUCAGACUUACGCAUAUGGGAAAGAUUUGUUUCUGAAGAAGAAGUGAUGGCCAAUUACAUCACAUCUUGUAAGUAUUAAUUCGUAGCUGCAAUCGGCGUCAAAAUAACUUUGGGCCAAUGUGCCUGGAUAUAUUUUUUUACUAUCUUAUUCGCGUGUUUCAAGAUCCAACAGGUUCACCCAACAUUUUUCCGUAAUAGUUUUGGGUUUGUUUGACGUGGUCUGAACGAACCCAGAGUGUUUUAACUCUUUCAGACUUGAUCCAUCAUAUUUCAACAACUUCCAACACUGCCCAGAAGGUGACUGAUUGGCUUCAAUUUGUGGUGUCCAACAGUGUUGAAUGACGUCCAUUAUAUAGGACCAUCAUAUUGACCACAUUGAUCAUCAUAUUUCCCAUACUGUCCAUCAUAUUGCCCAUAUAAACUAUCAUAUUGACCAUAUAGUCUAUCAUACUGACCAUAUUGACCAUCAUAUUCGACCUGGUUCAACAGGGUCUAAGAGAAAAUGCAAUCUUGUACAAACGGUGAGGUCUGUACAGUAAAAGUUACAUGUAAUGUUGCUUGGUGGGGGAAGGGUUCAGUUUAAUAAUAAUGGAAUUUAUAUAGCGCUUAUACAUCGCUGUUCUAAGGGCUUUACAAUGUAAAAAAGGACAUAAGAAUAUCAUGAAUCACAGGCUUACAGUUUGCCAUAGAUCGCGUUGGAACUAAGUUAAGCCUAAUACAAAUACCCUAAAAAUUCCAGUGUUAGAUUUCAUUCGAACCGUUACGAGAACAUUUUUAGUUUCCAGCAAGUACUGUACAUUGCUCUGUAGAAUACUUUUUAAUAGUUUUUCCAUUUUUUGCAGUGAACGUUGUAGAGGGAUCGUGGUGCGUACUGAAAAGGGCAACGUAUCAAACGGAGGGCGAAGUUCAGAAUCUUUUAUGGCUUCCAAAAGUUUCUUGUACUUCCUCGAGCAACACAGGACCUUGUGAUGACGGUGAAAGUUAAAUUCGUCUGAUUAUUGCAUGGCAUGUUUAACCCAGUUAAGACAAACAGAGCAAUUCACAUCCAAGCAUCAAUACGCGCUGCUGAAUGAAAACAUUCGCUUCCUCCGGUCCCACGCGAAAUCUUUGUUUUUGCAUCUCUAAAUGUGUGACGCCAAUUCCUUUUUUCAAAAGCGGACCCAACGAAAUUUGACUUGACGGUAACUCUGAUCUUCGCAGUCACCAGCCGCAACUUUCUAUCCACUUGAGGUUUUCAAGAUAACUAGAGAGCAUGUUAUUUAUAAUUUCGUGAUAUUUAUGAACAUGGCCGUUUUUAGGGUGCCAUCCCGGCAAACAAUGCUGAAUUGUUCUUUCCCCUGUGAACAAAUCAAUGAUAACGAGAUAAAUUACAUAAAUAUUUUAAUCAUGAGAGCUCUGAUUAUUUUUUUUUAGGUUUACCUGCCGAAUUUCCUCCACUAUGUAUUGAUCCACUUUGCUUCGGGAACUACCUUUUUGUUGAAACUCAAUUUACGUCAUCCUCUGGUCGCAGCGCUUUGUUUGCGAGUCGAAAUGUCCGGCUUCACUCCGCAGGCUGUUGGGCGCCAAGUCCCACAGAUACAGCACCAUGGAUUGAGAUCAACGUUAGGUGGCUCACACUGAUAACACAGGUUGCAACUCAAGGUAGACCAGACAUUGAUGAAUGGGUCACACAAUACACUAUCAAGUCACGGACCUCUCAAAAUGAUCCUUAUCGUGACUUCCCCACUGAUGGGAAUCCCAAGGUAAGAUAUUAGAGACCUUUAGAUUCUAAGACAUGUACGAUUUAAUACGAGAACGAGAUUUUCUCAGUACUAAGUAGUGCGCGCGCGUAAACCAGCGUCGUUUUGGCGGGAAAUCGUGAUAGCCGUUGUCAUUCUACAAAGAGUUUUAGUGAGAAUGUCGUAGUGGCGGGAAUUAGUUGGAACAAGUUAUCAAAUGUUAGAAGUUUUAUCUUUUUUUUUUUUUCAUUUUGACAUAUUUUUUCAAGUUGGCACAUUUAUUAGUUAAACAUUAUUUUCCAACGAAAAUGAAUCGUGAAAUCUGUAAAUUCUUGACAUAAGCCGGUGGCUUAGUUUUGCUGCGUCUGUCAAUAAAAUAUCACAAAAAAAAACAGGCAGCAGAGUACUGGUUGAAUGAUAGAACAGUUAUUGAACAAGUUUCAAGAAAAAGAAACUAUGCGUAACUUGCACACUUUACUUUAAAACAACUGUCAAGAGAAUGAUCGAUUUUCUCCAACCUUUUUAUCUCUCUUUAGAUUUUUCAAGCGAACAGCGACAGAUCAACAGUGGUAUCGAAUUUUCUCUCAAUUACAGCAAAAUUUGUGCGGGUUUAUCCUCAAACAUGGUAUAACUAUCCUUCUCUCAGGCUUGAAUUAUUUGGAUGCCGCAGAGGUAUUUGACACCGAAAAUAUUACCAACUUGCAUUUUUAAUAUCAAAUCGCGGGGACUCUAUGGCUUGUAUGCGCGUACUGGGUAAUCCACGUUCACUGGCUCUUGUGAACUCUCGCCAUGCUCGUAAAAUGUCGUUUGUUAAAUUAUUUUUCUUUUAACAAUCAGGCAAGGCCCGCACAAAUGCGUUUCGACCCAUCGAAGUUCCGCGUCCUCGGUUAGGCGGUUUUGCAUUAGUUUUGACCGUCCGGAGGAAGUUAUUGAAAACACAUAUCUGACGAUGCGAAAUCUAUGUUAGGGUUCCUUCUGCACUUAACGUAGCAUUUCAGAGCUCGAAAACCUGAAGGACCUCUUAGAAAGGCUGCACUGGGGGUAGCUGCUCUGCACUUUUAUCCCAUUUCAUCUUUCAAAGCGUUUUUACUUCUCUAUUACCAGAUGAAAGAAGCUAUAUCUAUGUGGAAUCUUCAUAUCCCAAAAAGCGAGGACAGAAGGCCCGAAUUUUGACUCUAUAUGCCACAGAAUCCCAUAAGUGUCUUUCAUUUCGGUACCAUAUGUACGGCUCAACCAUUGGUCGCUUGAAUGUGUACACUCGUGACCAUGGUGGACAAGAGACGUUGCUAUGGAGACUUGCUGGUGAUCAAGGCGACCAAUGGUAUUCAGCUAGUGUUCCAAUAGCAAGCAAACUUCCCUUUCAGGUACGAAAAACCGUGGAAGUGUGAAUGGCAAGAUUUUGAGUCCUUUUUCGGCCCCUUUAUCUUAGAAUGUGCGACAGGUGACUUUAACGUCUGAUUGAGUUUCUUUCGCUGUUUCUUCCCGAAAUAUUAAAAGGUAAAAUAAACACCUCAUAAAAUCAGUCUCAUAAACAAUCGUUUUUUUUUUCCUGUUAUUUACUCUCCAGAAUAUCAACCCCGUACUCCCACCUGACAUUCACCUUGUCAUAUUCCGCAGGUUACCUUUUGGUUGUGGUUAUACAAAUGAUACAGCCAUUGAUGAUGUACAUAAUGAUAUUUUGCAGGUUAUCUUUGAAGAUGUAAUUGGUCAUGGUUAUACCAGUGACAUAGCCAUUGAUGAUUUAAGUCUGGGAGUCUCUGAUGAGUGUCCCUUGGAACCGCCAAAAGCGGAUACACAAGCACUGUCAGGUUUGUACGCUUCAUUUGAUGCAACUUGUUUUCUAAGCAAAGUUGUGUUUGUCGCCCUAUAUUGAGGAGCGUUUUAUCCGAUAUCCAGAAAUUAAGAAUUACCGUAAAAUUCCGAAAAUAAGCCCCUCCAUGUAUAAGCCCCUCCAAAUAUAAGCCCCCCCAAACCGGUAACGCAAAAAACCCUCCGUUAAAUCGCCCCUCCAAAUAUAAGCCCCCCGGGGGCUUGUACUUGGAAAACUGCCCUCAAAUACAAAGUAAAACAAAGCCAAAACAGUAAAUUUCCUCCCAACUCAAGGCUAGCCCAAUCGAUUUUG